UGCUGUGCGUCGUUUUUGUUCAGAAAAAAGAAAGAAACCAUGGCGGCCGGUCCGAUAGCAGAAAGAAAUCAAGAUGCAACGAUUUACGUUGGUGGACUGGACGAUAAGGUUACGGAGACGCUGCUUUGGGAACUGUUCGUCCAGAGCGGACCCGUGGUGAACGUGCACAUGCCGAAGGAUCGUGUCACACAGAUGCACCAGGGUUACGGGUUCGUCGAGUUUCUGGGCGAGGAAGACGCCGACUAUGCGAUCAAAAUCAUGAACAUGAUCAAGCUGUACGGCAAACCGAUCCGUGUGAACAAGGCUUCCGCCCACCAGAAGAGCCUGGAUGUGGGGGCGAACAUUUUCAUCGGCAACCUGGAUCUGGAGGUGGACGAGAAGCUGCUGUACGACACGUUCUCCGCCUUCGGAGUGAUCCUGCAGACGCCAAAGAUUAUGCGCGAUCCGGAGACGGGCAACUCGAAGGGAUUUGCUUUCAUAAACUUCGCCAGCUUCGAAGCGUCGGAUGCGGCCAUGGAUGCCAUGAACGGACAGUACCUUUGCAAUCGCCCCAUAUCGGUUUCGUACGCGUUCAAGAAGGAUUCGAAAGGCGAACGGCACGGAUCGGCCGCAGAGCGCUUGCUGGCGGCACAGAACCCGCUGUCGCACGCGGACCGACCGCAUCAGCUGUUUGCCGAUGCUCCCGCCCCGCCCUCGAUGCAUCCGGGUAUGAUGGGUCAUCCGAUGAUGCCACCGCCACUGCUGGCACCACCGCCGCCACCCACGAAUCCGGUAAUACCGCAACCGCCCAUCAUGCCGCCACCGCAAGCUCCCAGCGGAUACGGUGGCCCAGGAGCAAUCCCUCCGCCCCCGUUGCCACCGCCACUCGGCGUUCAACCGCAACCUCCACUGCCAGCUGCCCCGAUGGGCAUUCCGCCGCCACCACGCAUGAUUCCGCCACCGCCGUGGCAACAACCGGGCGCCCCGGCACCUCCCGCCCCCGUCGGCGCUCCUCCACCAGCUCCAUCGGCACCAUUUCCACCGCCGCCGCCAUCGUUUCCUCCCGCGGGCAGCGCCGCUGGUGGACAGUUUCCACCACCACCGCCCGCACCCAGCACGCCUCGGCCACCUCCUCCGGGUGGGGUAAGGCCACCGCAACCGCCACCACCACAAAUGGCCGGUUUUCCGCCAAGACCCCCGCCAGGGGGUGGAUUCCCGCCCCAGCCGAGACUACCACCGCCACCACCCUCGACCAACUACACAACGGACGGUUACGGAGCGUACUGAAGAGUUGUCUAGAGAGCGAACAUUUCACUACCGCCACCAAACGGACAACAUCCCUUCCUUCCCUUUUGCUGACACCGCGCUGCGUUUUCGUUUCGCUCGUUUGGUACAAACAUAAAAUCAAAUAAAACAACAACCGAAAACUGGA